AUGGAUCAAGUAUUGCCUCCACCAUUAGCUCGACAUUUCUACAAACAAUAUUCUGUAUUAAAUCCCGAUGUAAUAUAUGUUGAAUUGCCACGAACAGGCCAUACUGCUACGUAUUCAUCACCAAUACCAGAUCAAGAACAGAGUUGCGGAUGGCAAGUGGCGAUUUCAUUUAUACUAUCACCAACAUUUCAACCCGACACAUCAUGUCUCAAAAAAAUUAGUCCCAUUGAUUUUGCUGGAACAACUGUCCAAAGCAAACAGAUGGCACUAACCUAUUUCGGAACAAUAAAUAUGUGGAACUAA